CCCCUUUCGUCUCCUUUUCUCCUCUCCUGUUGCAUUCCCUGGUAAUUCGACUCGGACUGCGCCCCUAGCUGUCAUGUCUCGACGUGCCACGCCGUCCCAGGCUGCUCAGAACCAGCAGGUCAUCAAGAGCUUGCUGAAACUCGACCAGAACAAGACAUGUGCCGAUUGCAAGCGCAAUAAGCAUCCGCGAUGGGCGUCAUGGAAUCUUGGAAUCUUCAUCUGCAUCCGUUGCUCGGGCAUUCAUCGGGGCAUGGGCACCCAUAUCAGUCGGGUGAAAUCCGUCGACCUUGACUCCUGGACAGACGAACAACUUCAGAGCGUCGUGAGAUGGGGCAACUCCAGGGCAAACAAGUAUUGGGAAGCGAAAUUGGCACCCGGUCAUGUUCCUUCGGAAGCGAAAAUUGAGAACUUCAUCCGGACGAAGUACGAGUCCAAGCGAUGGGUCAUGGACGGCCAGAUGCCCGACCCUUCGACCUUGGAUGAUGGCGACGACGAUGUGCCUCUUGCAGUGGUACAGGAAAAGGCGAAGCUUGAGCGCUCCGCUUCUCAGCGGGUGGCGACGGCCAGUCAACCUGCAGUCCAUCGCCAGCAAGCAUCCAUCGACCUCUUCGCCGACGAUAUCUCCCCUCCCGCACGUCCUAGUACGACAGAUCCCACCCCUCGGGCGCCUCCCAAACAACCUCAGUCUGCGCCUGCUCCUAAGCCGGCGGCCCGUCCUGGAGAUUCGUUACUGGGUCUGGAUUUCUUCGGCAGCACUCAGCCGGCCCCUAGCAGUCGGCCAGCCAGCAUAGCGUCGACUCCUACUGGCUCAACUGGAAUGUCUAGGCCCGAUCUCAAGCAAUCUAUUCUUUCACUAUAUUCGAAGCCUCCGCCUGCCCCGGCGCAUCAUGAGCGUACAUCCUCAUUCGGAGAUCUGGCCUCUCCCCCGCCUCGCUCGGCAUCCGCCUCGAACAUGGGCGGUCUGACUGAUGCCUUCAGCGGAUUGAGCAUUCCCUCAACCAUGUCCCCUCCGGCCCCCAAACCGGUCGAGAAACCCUCACCCUUCGCCAACUUGGCGAACUUUGCUAGCAUAAAGUCUACUCCGGCAGCUCCCAAGGUCUCAUCGCCUACUGCUUCUGUUGGUAGUGGAGGGGGCAGUCUUUUUGAUAGCCUCACUUCUCCUGUUAUCCCUGCACCAAAGCCGCAGUCUCGUACCACAUCAGUCUCGUCCAAUGGGUUUGAUGCGGGAUUCACCAGCUUCACAUCUCCUCCGCCUCCCAAGCCGAAUCCACCCCAGUCGCCUUUAUCCAACGAUCUGUUCGGGUUUUCUUCGCCGGCCCCAGCCGCGCCCGCUGCCGUUUCACCGCCACCACCGUUCGCAUCGACGUCUCCGCAGCAGGAGCUGAAGUCUGCUUUCAGCCUCACUCCUGCCCCUGCCCCUGCCCAAGCCCCCAAGCCUGCUAGCACCACGGCGUCCGUCGCAAGUGUACUUCCCCCCACGACCAUCGAUCCAUGGGGAGGCAAUGCCUGGGGUACGCCGGACCCUGCGCCUGCGGCAGCCCCUGCCCCGUCUUCGAUGAUGAAGGUGCCUGAUACCCUGACUGCCAAUGACGUCGGCGGAGGCUGGGGUACUCCAGCUCUUUCUGCGGGUUCCAAGCCGGCGCCAACUGUUGCGGCAGACGAAGACUUCGGCGGAUGGGCCAGCGCAGCCCCGAUCUCAUCGACCACUACCACGACUAAUAGGAAUGCUUCAUCCAAACCGGCGGGCGGGUUUGGCGGAGCCGACGACUUGUUUUCUAACGUUUGGGAGUAAGACGAUUGCGUCGGCUUUCUUCCGUCUAAUUUGCACAUAUUGGUGUUUAUCGUCUAACUUUUAGACUUCAGCGGCAGGUUUCAAUGUGAUCUCAUAACCAUUCCGCUUCCUUUCUUCACUUCUACAGUGUCCAUCUUGCUUUCCUCUCCCUUUUUUGGCAUCUUGUUUCCUAUGACUCAUGACCAGGGAUGGACUCUACAUUCGGAUUGUAAAAUGGGCGGGGUUAUGGAUUCAUAAGAUUACGUAGUCAUGCCGUACGUGCUAUAUGCGAU